AUGAACGACCCGCCCACGGUGGCGCUACCCGGGUUUAGAGUGAGGUGUGCGAUACACGACGAGGAAGGCGAAUUCCUUGGCCAUGGGCCAUGGCUGUAUGCGUACGCUGGCAUCAAUCGCUCGAGUAGACGUGCGAGGCGACGUUUGGUGAAAGCGGCCACAUUGUGUGGCGCCUUUGCUUUGGCUCUGCUGUCCGUCUCGAACGCCCAACACGCAACUCAGCAGCAGCAGCAGACCCCCCACCAGUCAAGCAAAGGAGCUGAACCUGACAGCAGCAUGCUGCUCGCGGCGUUGAACGACGUGGACUCCUACAAGUCGUCCACGCUCAUUUGCCUCUACAAGGUCAACAUGCUGGAUGUCAAGAAGGACACCUACAACUACAGCGUCACCGGAUGCAAGGUGGACCCCGAAUUUGUGGGUCGUUGCCCCGACCUGACCUCGUUCCCUGGCUGUGGCAGCUACAACGUCGUCCUCACCUCGAAGUCGAAGAAACCCAAGGUGAUGUCGAUCAAGAAGGCGUCGAAGUAAGGUGCACUUGGCUCACACGCUUUCAAUGUUUGAGUAUGCCGCGUAGUAAAUGUAACGGGAAAUAUACGCAGAUUUCCAAGAAA